AUGAAAGUGAUCGAAGAUUUAAAACAAUUAGAAGCUACUAUUAACGUUAAUGAUAACGAUAUCAACCGUAUCAGUUUGGUAGCUAUUAUAUACGACGCGUUAGCUAGUUAUUAUCUUAAAUUAGGCGAUUUCUCGAAUGUCAGCAUAUACGCCGACUCAAAAUCAACUACACUCAAGAUCCGUUCACUUUCACAAUACCAUCCAAGUCUUGCUUCGAACUAUCUCCUUCUGGCCGAAUCAUGUGUACGUCGAAGUCAAUAUCGAGAUGCUCUUCAAUGGUUUCAACAUGCCGUAAAAGUUCAAGCUCUGAAUCUAGCUAAUGAUGAUAUUGCUAUCAAACUUGUUCACUAUCAAAUGGGUGAUACCUAUUCUAAGCUGAAUCAAUUUGAUCAAGCAUGUCAGAACUAUGAAUUUGCCGAAACGAACACUGAUGAAGACACUGAUCAAGAUGACGAAGAUACAGAAAAUCGAGAUGAUCAUAAACGGUUGAUUGCUCGAGCAAGUAUGCAUCAACAUUUGGCCAAACUUUAUCUUCAACGAGCGGACUUGAAAAUGGCUAUUGUCAAACAAUCGAAAUGUAUUGAAACUCUUGAAGAGCUGUAUCCACUAGAUAUGGCCUUUUAUAAUGAACGUUUAGCGGAUGCCGAGAUACUUGGAAAACCUGACAAUGCAGAGGAUAUAUACAACAAAGCAUUAUGGAUUCAAACGAAAGUAUAUAGAUACAGUGAUGGUUAUUGGGGUGAAAUUAUUCGAAAAGUUGGUCGAUACUACGAGCGACAACAGAGUGACAAAGAAACUGCAAUUGGUUGUUAUUAUGUAGCGAUUAGAGAACCACUGGCACCAGAAACAGCCAUUUCUACUUACUACGCAUUGGGUCGAUUAAUGCCAAUUAGUAAAAAGCAUCAAAAAUCGCGCAUCGGUUUUUACAAGGCCGCAAACAAGUUAGUUCCUAUUGACGACCUGUACUUAAAAGCUAUUGUGCAAGCGAAGUGUUCAACGUGUCAGAAAUCAACUGAUAAUGAUACUACACAAGAUGAAACAGCAGAUGAUUCUGAUGAAUCCGAUGAUGAUGAUGAUGAUGAUAAUCAAUCGGACGAAGUCUCCAUUAAGUAUACUGACAAUGUUACGCCAUCAUUCCCACCUGAGUGUGAGGAUACUGUUUGCAAGAUAGGUGAAGCCUAUCGACGUCUUGAUGAUCAAGAAGGCUUAGUCAACUAUUGCAAAGCUAUUGUCAGAAAGUCUUCGAAAGCUAAAAUCACGCUUGACUUCGAUGUUCCAUCUUACAACAAAUCUGAUUUUGAUGAACGUAUUUACGUGCAAAUUUUGUCUGAAAUUCUUCGCUUAUGUGCAGAACAAAGUCGCUCAUAUAAGAUCUCGAGCAAUGAAAAUUUCACCCUACGUCAUCUGGCUGACGCCCAUUUUCAAUGGGCACUCGUUUUACAAAAUAAUGAAGAUUACAGCCAAGCCAUUGAACAUUAUUUCGAAUCAUGCACAUUGCACAAUCGAUGUAACAAUCAAACUGAAACCAAUGUACAAUUGAUCGAUUUUAUUAAGAAACUUGAGGCGAACAAAUUGAAUGAUUUGACGGCGCUAGUAUCGGAAUAUGUAUCUAUUUCAUUAACUGAUGGACCAUACCUAUGGUUGAGAGUGGCUGCUGGAUAUUGCCAAUGCGAUCCUGAAGAUGAUCAAUCAACUGAUUGCUUGAAAAAAGCUGUCAAAGCUUGCAUGACUGCACGUAAACAUACUAUCGAAUCUACGACGUCACUUAAAGCAGUAUGCGACUAUACCAUCUUACAAAUCUACAAAGAUUUGCCAUAUACUGACAAUUUGGGUAAAAUCUAUGUACAAGAAAUGGCGAAGAAUGAUAGUUAUCGACAAAAUCAAGCUAAUCUUACUCUAUUCGAUCAGCGCCUCUUGUGUCAAUGGGCGCACGAUUUCAUUAACAAUUACAAUACAGAACUGGAACAAAAUGAUAAUGAAGAUGAGGAUGACGAAAUUGAAAUUCCAGACACUGUAGCUGAACAAUUUUACGUACCCUCAUUGGACGAUGCCAUGAACAAUUUCGACGCCUCAUUGAAGUGUCUUGGUGACAUGUUGAUAUUACUCGGUGACCGUGAUGGCGCUACAGUAUACUGGGAAUGGAUGAUCAGUGAAUGCGAAAGUUACUACUCAAAAGCAGUAUCUUUUUAA